CUUCCUCGCUGCCUCAGUUGGCAACUUGACGCUCCCUUGCCUCUCUUCUUCUCCCUCCUCCGCCCGCUCGUCCACCUCAACCUCAUCAGGAUAAGGUAGCCAGUAGCACGGCACGCUUCCAGAAGCUCCCGCCGGGCCCAAUCCCGCCGCCGGCGCCCGGUCCUGGAAAGGCUGCAUGCAUGAGUAGUCGCGCUGCCGCCGCCGCCGCCGCCGCCGCCGCAGAGGAGCCAUGGGGAUGGUUACCGCUGCCGCCCUUCUCGCCUCAUCGCCGCAGACUCCGCUCGUCCGCGGGUAUCUCCCCGGCCUGCCGAGGCUGCGCCUGAGGCCGGCCUCCCCCUGCGUCAGCGCGCUCAGGUCAAACAAUUUUGUUCAAAGGUGUUACAUCGCAAAUAUUGAGGUUGAUGUUAGCAAUGUAAAUAAGGAAGAGGAGGCUUUCGAUGAUCAUCCAUCAUUACCGCCAGGCUGCUCUAUUCCAGUUGUCAAUAUCCUAGGAGAUGUUCUAGAUUCUAGUCCUUUUCCACCACAUGAUAGUACUCAGCACCAUGCCGAUUUUGAGGAGCUGCCGGUCUUAUCUGAAGGAGAGCAACAAACAUUGGCCGCCACUCCAGCUCACCCUGCUGGACUACAUGCUCUCUAUGCUAGCUACUUGUUUGGUAACCUUGUGGAACAGCUCUGGAAUUUUGCUUGGCCUGCUGCCCUGGCAAUUCUUCAUCCAAGCCUAUUGCCUGUGGCUAUUGUUGGUUUCUUCGGAAAGCUCUCAGUAUUUCUCGGGGCUCCAAUAGUUGGCAAACUUAUGGAUCAUUUCCCGCGAAUACCCAUGUACACAGGAUUGAAUGCUGUCCAGGUGGCCACUCAGUUAAUAUCAGCUGCAAUGGUCAUAUAUGCUCUCAAGAACGCGGGCCGUACUUCUACAUCAGCUUUGCUUCUCAGGCCUUGGUUCAUUGUGCUAGUGAUAGCCGGAGCUAUUGAAAGGCUUGCAGGAUUGGCACUAGGAGUUUCCAUGGAGAGGGACUGGGUUGUGCUGUUAGCAGGAACAAACAGGCCUGUUGCAUUAGCUCAAGCUAAUGCCAUGCUUAAUCGACUUGAUCUUCUUUGUGAGACCGUUGGUGCUUCAGUUUUUGGCCUUCUGCUCACCAAAUACGACAUAGUAACCUGUUUGAAGAUUUCCUCUGCUCUAAUGAUAUGCAGUUUUCCCAUUCUGGUUAUGUUGGGUCAAUUAAUUAACAGCGUCUCUUGUCAUGCGCUUGAUUCCUCGAGAACCCCCAGUGACGAAUCUAUUUGUGCUGAUCUAUUGGAUGUCCGCAAGAUAGUUCAAAAUGGCUUAAGUUCUAUCAAGCAUGGCUGGAAUGAGUAUAAGCAGCAGACAGUUCUACCUGCAAGUGUAGCUACCGUGUUUCUAAAUUUCAACGUGGCACUUGCUCCUGGCGCGAUAAUGACUGCAUUGUUGAUGCAUCGGGGUAUUAGUCCAUCUAUCGUCGGUGCUUUUAGUGGAUUGUGUUCUGUUAUGGGUCUUGUUGCAACAUUCAUCUCCUCAAGCCUGGUGAAAAGAAAUACUCUUGCGUCAAUAUCCACCUAUACAAUGUUGGCUAGGCAGAAAACUAUUGCAUACAGCAUACCUUUGCUGUUUGAGGUGAACCGGCAUCAAGUUUAUGGAAAAGUGUGGUAUACAGGUAUCCACCGGAAGACUUCCCACAGCUACAGCUGA